CACAAAGGCAGUCUUGUUUACCGGGAAAUAUCCGAAUGCUGAAAUGACAAAACCACAGUGUUCUUUGCAGUCACACAGCAGGAGCUGCAGCACGGACACUUUCUCCUAUCCGGGGGGAGACUGCAAGAACACGCAAGACUGCACUGCUGAAACUCGGCAGAUUCUCUACCACAGAGGGGUUUGGCAACUGAACUAAGUCACCGAGAGGAAAACACCACAUGCCACUCUGCAAGUUUUACUAACUGGCUGGUAUUACCGGAGACACUCAAACGCUUCAGAUCCAACAGAAUAACCAGGAACCAGCACCGUGGAGAUGCCUGGUGUCAACACCACCACGGUCAACUCCUCCUCCUCCCUGGGGAACAGCACCCUCUGCAGCAGAGACUACAAGAUUACCCAGGUCCUCUUCCCACUGCUCUACACCGUCCUGUUCUUUGCUGGGCUCAUCACGAACAGCUUGGCAAUGAGGAUUUUCUUUCAAAUCCGCAGUAAAUCCAACUUCAUUAUUUUUCUCAAGAACACAGUCAUUUCUGAUCUUCUCAUGAUUCUAACUUUUCCAUUCAAAAUUCUUAGUGAUGCCAAACUGGGAGCCGGGCCUCUGAGAACCCUGGUGUGCCAAGUUACCUCGGUCACAUUUUAUUUUACAAUGUAUAUCAGCAUAUCAUUCCUUGGACUGAUAACCAUCGACCGCUACCUGAAGACCACCAGGCCAUUUAAAACUUCCAAUCCCAGCAAUCUCUUGGGUGCGAAGAUUCUUUCUGUUGUCAUCUGGGCCUUCAUGUUCUUACUCUCGCUGCCUAACAUGAUUCUCACCAACAGGAGGCCAAAAGAUAAAGACAUAACGAAAUGUUCCUUCUUAAAGUCAGAGUUUGGUCUGGUCUGGCAUGAAAUAGUCAAUUACAUCUGCCAAGUCAUUUUCUGGAUUAAUUUUUUAAUUGUCAUUGUUUGUUAUAGUCUCAUUACGAAAGAACUCUAUCGCUCCUAUGUAAGAACAAGGGGGUCAGCCAAAGUUCCCAGGAAAAAGGUGAACAUCAAAGUUUUCAUCAUCAUUGCUGUCUUCUUUAUUUGUUUUGUUCCCUUCCACUUUGCACGGAUUCCCUACACCCUGAGCCAGACCCGGGCCGUCUUUGACUGUGCUGCUGAAAACGCUCUGUUCUAUGUGAAAGAGAGCACCCUGUGGCUGACGUCCUUGAAUGCCUGCCUCGAUCCAUUCAUUUAUUUUUUCCUUUGCAAGUCUUUCAGAAACUCCCUGACAAGCAUGCUGAGGUGCUCAAGCUCUACGCCACCACCUGGAGAAAACAAGAAGAAAGGGCAGGAAGGUGGAGACCCAAGCGAGGAGACACCAAUGUAAACCGUUACCCAAACGGUGCUUCAGUCUCCUCCAAGGCAAUCACCACACAAAAAUAUUAACACUCACUAAAAAGAAGCUGAGUUAAUGGCUCUUGAAAUAGGCAAUAAACUGGGGAAAUAAUCUUUAUCUACUUUUCCAGAAUAUAUACAUAUAUAAAAUAAAAUAUAAGGUAAAAAAUUUCUAAUCUUCAGUCAUACAAUAAAAUCAACUACAUCGCAUUGCUAUACUGCGGGCAAACCCACAAAGAAUUAAUUAUUUAACUAGUUUCUACAAAACGAACAACCAUGAAAUGUAAUGCCCACUGUCCUGUGAUAAUACAUAACCAAUCACAAUUAUUAUUUUUUAAAAAGUGAAAAAUUAUGUUUGAUCUGAUACAUCAAGCAUGAUAACUACUGACUUCUCAUUUAAAACAACAAGGACAACACAAAUGUACAGAGCGACUUAAACCAAAUCAAAUGACAUUGGAUGAGGCCUGAAUGUUCAUUAAGUUAGUAGAGGUUUAAAGAUGUAUCUUUCCUUUGAGAAGAAACAUAAUGAAUAAAAUAAUUAAUGUAAAGAGAGUAAACUAUUAUAACAUUCUAAUAUUUUAAAAGAUUACUACUUCCUUAACACUAGAAAGAAGCAGUUUCACUGAAAUUCUGAGUUUACCAGGUACAGUGCCAUUAUUGGCACUUAUCUUCAAUAACUAACUUUGGAAAUGCCUCCUACUUGAGAGAGAAAAACACUUCUUAGUAAGAAAAAAAGUAACUAUAAUUGCCAAACAUCUAUUAAUAUGAAAAGCAUUUGCUAUUAUCUGUUUGUAAUCAUGUGUAUGAUACAGAUAAAUUGCAUUUAUUCUGUAUCAUUUUGUUGGAAUUUCUUUGUUCAAAAGUAUUAGCUACAAUGGAUCAACCUUCUUCACCUAUAUUAAAGAG